AUGGAGCUGCCGCUGGUCCUGCUGCUGCUGCUGCCCGCGGUCCUGCCCGCCCGGUGCUGCGAGCCCCCGGAGGGCUCUGCGGGCGCCGUGCGGGCGCUGAGUGCGCGGCUGCUGGGGCUGGCGGGGGACCCCGGCCGGGACCCCGACCCCGCCGUGUACCUGGCCCUGCGCCUGGCCCGCGAGCACGACCCGCGCCUGGAGCAGCGCUACCUGGAGCGCCUGCAGGACACCUUCCAGCAGCCCUACGGCAGGAGCCUGCAGGCCCGCGGCCGCUCCCGGUGGGACGCUGAGCACAGCACGAGCGCGGCGGAGCCCCUGCAGACGGGGCGGCUGGCGCUGUACCUGCUGGGGCUGCAGGCCACCUGUCCCCCACCCAGUCCCCAUCGCUCGCUGGUGACAUGGCUCAAGUACCACCUGGAGGAGGACUGGACAGGCUCCCGGCGGCACGGCCACCCCCUCACCAGUUACUACCAGUACGGGCUGGGCGUGCUGGCGCUGUGUGUGCACCACAAGCGGGUGCGGGAGGAGGUGAUCCGGCGGCUCUUGGCGGCCCAGCACCAUGGAAGGCUCGGGCACAGUGGCAGUGCUGUGGACACCGAGGCCGUGGUGGCUCUGGCCUUCACCUGUCUGGAGCGGAGGAAGUUGGUGGGGACCGAGCUGGCGGCCGAGCUCCGGGCAGCCGCGCACGGGGCCAGCAGGAGCAUGGCCGAGGCCCAGGGCCCCGACGGCAUCAUCGGCAACAUCUACAGCACCCCAUGGGCCCUGCAGGUGUUCCUGGCCACAGGUGCGUGCCAGACGGAGCCAGCGUUUGUCCAGGCCAUGUCUUCACUGCUGGAGAACCUGGAAGCCUUCGGCACCGCCGCCACCAUGGCCCAGGUGCUGCCGGUGCUGCACGGCCACUCCUACCUGGACAUCGCCUCCAUGCACUGCCAGGAGGAGCCAGACACGCUGACUCCCCUGGACAUGGAGCCCCUGGCUGAGGUGCCGGGGAACAAGACGGUGCAGCUGGUGGUGGAGUGUCCCCUGCCCUGGUGCUACGACCUCCGGCUCUACGACCGCCCCGUGCUCGUGCCCGCCGCCGCCUCCCUCCUGGGCGUGCUCCAGGCGGCUGCUGCGCUGGAACCCCAUGACUUCAGGUUCCACACUCAGGACACCCCCCAGGGCCCCUUCCUGACCCAGGUGCUGGGACUGGAGGCCCGGCAGGAGAAGCGGAACUACUGGCAGCUCCUGACCGCACCCAACACCCCCCUGCAGAUGGGUAUCGCUGACUACAGACCCCAAGAUGGGGAGACCCUCAUCCUGCGCCUCAGCGAGUGGUAGAGGGUGGGGGGUGAUGGCAAUGAAACACCCACAGUGGCACAGGACCUUCUGGCUGCCUGCCUCCUGCUUUCCGUGGGCCAGCCCCCCAAACCUGCCAGGGGCAGGAGGAGGGGACACACACGAUGCCCUGUGUCCUACAGGUGCAGUGGGACCGGAGGACCAAAACCAGCAGCUCCUCCAGUCCCGGUCCCACGUGGGAAUGGGGCAGGCAGCUGCUGGGAGCAGCCGUUUUUGGGGUGUCCAAAGCCUUUUUGGGACGGCCAAAGAUUUGGGGAGUCUGAGUCGGUGCUGUUCAUCCUCAGCAAGGUGCCAGAUGGGAUCCUCCUCCUCUG